GGCUGGCGAAGCCGGAAGUAGCCUGGGGCUCGAGAAGGCCCGGGAGCCGCGGACACACGGCUGGCAUACAUGCAAAUCUCUUCUUUCCCCUCAGCGUGAGGAGCAGCGCCUGACCAAGCCGAGAUGCAGAGCACUUCUAACCAUCUGUGGCUUUUGUCUGAUAUCUUAGGCCAGGGGGCCACUGCAAAUGUCUUCCGAGGAAGACAUAAGAAAACUGGCGACUUAUAUGCUGUCAAAGUAUUUAAUAACAUCAGUUUCCUUCGCCCCGUGGAUGUUCAAAUGAGAGAAUUUGAAGUGUUAAAAAAACUCAAUCACAAAAACAUUGUCAAACUUUUUGCUAUUGAGGAGGAGACAACAACAAGACAUAAAGUACUUAUUAUGGAAUUUUGUCCCUGUGGGAGUUUAUACACAGUUCUGGAGGAGCCAUCCAAUGCCUAUGGACUACCAGAAUCAGAAUUUUUAAUUGUUUUACGAGAUGUGGUGGGAGGAAUGAAUCACCUCCGAGAGAAUGGCAUAGUGCACCGUGACAUCAAGCCCGGCAACAUCAUGCGCGUCAUAGGGGAGGAUGGACAGUCUGUGUACAAGCUCACGGACUUCGGGGCUGCCAGGGAGCUCGAGGACGAUGAGCAGUUCGUGUCGCUGUACGGCACGGAAGAGUACUUGCAUCCGGAUAUGUAUGAGAGAGCAGUGCUAAGAAAAGACCAUCAGAAGAAGUACGGGGCCACAGUUGACCUUUGGAGUAUUGGAGUAACGUUUUACCACGCAGCUACGGGGUCACUGCCCUUUAGACCAUUUGAGGGGCCUCGAAGGAAUAAAGAAGUGAUGUAUAAAAUAAUCACUGGAAAGCCUUCUGGUGCAAUAUCUGGAGUACAGAAAGCAGAAAAUGGACCAAUUGACUGGAGUGCAGACAUGCCUGUUUCUUGUAGUCUUUCUCAGGGUCUUCAAGCACUGCUUACCCCAGUUCUUGCGAACAUCCUUGAAGCUGAUCAGGAAAAGUGCUGGGGUUUUGACCAGUUCUUUGCAGAGACUAGCGAUGUACUUCACCGAAUGAUAAUCCACGUUUUCUCGCUACAGCAGAUGACAGCGCAUAAGAUUUACAUUCAUAGCUACAAUACUGCUGCUGUAUUCCAUGAACUGGUCUACAAACAAACCAAAAUUAGUUCUUCAAAUCAAGAACUCAUCUAUGAAGGACGACGCUUAGUCCUAGAACUCGGAAGACUAGCUCAGCAUUUUCCUAAAACCACAGAGGAAAAUCCUAUCUUUGUCAUAGGCCGGGAAUCCUUACCUUUCGUAGGAUUGAAAUAUGAAAAAAUUUCCCUACCCAAAGUACAUCCACGUUAUGAUUUAGAUGGUGAUGCUAGCAUGGCCAAGGCAGUGACGGGGGUUGUGUGCUAUGCCUGUAGAAUUGCCAGUACGCUGCUGCUCUACCAAGAGUUAAUGCGAAAGGGGGUGCGCUGGUUGAUUGAAUUAGUUAAAGAUGACUUCAAUGAAACUGUCCACAAGAAGACAGAAGUGGUGAUCACAUUGGAUUUCUGCAUCAGAAACAUUGAAAAGACUGUGAAAGUAUAUGAAAAGUUGAUGAAGAUCAACCUAGAAGCAACAGAGUUGGGUGAAAUUUCAGAUAUACAUACCAAACUGUUGAGACUUUCCAGUUCUCAGGGAACAAUAGAAAGCAGUCUUCAGGACAUCAAGAGCAGGUUGUCUCCAGGGGGAUUGCUGGCUGACACGUGGGCACAUCAGGAAGGCACCCAUCCAAGAGACAGGAAUGUAGAAAAACUACAAGUCCUGUUAAAUUGCAUCACAGAGAUUUACUAUCAGUUCAAAAAGGACAAAGCAGAACGCAGACUAGCUUAUAAUGAAGAACAGAUCCACAAAUUUGAUAAACAAAAACUGUAUUACCAUGCAACAAAAGCAAUGAGCCACUUCACAGAUGAGUGUGUUAGAAAGUACGAAGUCUUUCUGGCUAAGUCAGACGAGUGGAUGAGAAAGAUGCUUCAUCUCAGGAAACAGCUGUCGUCACUCACUAAUCAGUGUUUUGAUAUUGAAGAGGAAGUGUCCAAGUAUCAAGACUACACUAACGAGUUACAAGAAACUCUGCCUCAGAAGAUGCUUGCAGCCUCCAGCGGACUCAAGCACUCUAUGGCCCCUGUCUACCCCAGUUCUAACACCUUAGUGGAGAUGACUCUUGGUAUGAAGAAGUUGAAGGAAGAGAUGGAAGGCGUGGUUAAGGAGCUGGCCGAGAACAACCACAUUUUGGAGCGGUUUGGGUCUUUAACAAUGGAUGGCGGCCUCCGCAAUGUGGACUGUCUUUAGCUUCCUACGGACUCUGGGAAGUUCUAGUUGCACAAGAAGAUAACGCUAGGGCACGAAGUGAAUGCCUUUAUGAAGGGCGUUCUUAUUUCUACAAUUCAGUAUUCAAUGAGGUCAUGUAAAUAUGUACAGUUUGUAAAUACAUACAAAUACACAUAUAUAUAUAUAUAUAAAUUUUUGGCUGCUGUAAGUAUACAAGGCAGAUUGACCUCAGUGAACUGUAGAAGAAAGCCAUGACCAGCCAAUGAUUUGGGGUGCUCUCCCCAAUUCUUCACAUGAGCUGGACAAAAUCUAUUGCUCGGUGCCUAAGGAAAGUAUUUUUUAAAUUGGCACCCUUAAAAAUCAGAAAGGACUGAUAGUUGACACAUUUGUGAAUGGUGGAGUGACAAGGGCUUUUGUGAUGGGAACAGAACCACUGUUUCACUGUGGUCAUUUCCUUUGACAAGGAUAAAGUGGCAUUAUUUCAUUUUAUAAGGUGCCCAAAUCUCAGUUUUCUUCCUGUGUUUAAUUUUAGGUGAAUUAGUGAGCAAAAACUUUAAAGUGAAUCAAUUGUUUAAACUAUUCAUUUUUCCUUUCGUCAUAAAUGUACAAUUGUCAUUCAGGUCCUAGUAUGAUUUCAGUUGUUUUAAGAUGUAUAUUUCUGUACUUUAAUUCUGUUAACUAUUUCAUGAAAAAUUCUCCUUACUAUUUCAUGAAAAAAAAUAAAUUUCUCAAUUUUAAUGUAAAAA